UGGGGCGCGUGGAGCGAGAAGGGUCUCGGGAGAGCGCAGAGCCAGCAGUGCUCCGCGGAGCCUCGGCGAAGCUGGGCGCCGGCAUGCGGGAGCUGCGCGGCUGCUGAGCCCUCCUGCCAGGGGGCGGAAUGGAACCCUCCGGGGUGGAGCAGCAGGCGGGUGCCGGCCAGACGCAGCAGCCCCACGGGCCGAUCCGCUUCGGCAUCGAUCGGAUCCUGGGCUGGCAGCAGCAGCACGAGCAGCAGCAGGAGCAGGAGCGAGGCCUGGCAGCCGUCGGGGCGCAGGGGGAGCCCGAGGUGGCGCUUUACAGCAGCAGCGGGUACGCAGCAGACUACAACCCGGCCUGCUCGCUGGGCGCCUCCUAUGGCCUCCCCGGGGCCUCGGCGGGCAGCGGCGGGGUGAUCCGAGUGCCGGCCCACAGGCCCCUCCCCUCCGCGCCUGUUUGUCCGCAGCCGCGGGGCGCCAGCCUCACUUUCCCCUGGCUGGAGAGCAACAGGCGGCUGGCCAAAGACCGGAUGGCAGCCGCGCUGCCGCCCUUCUCAGUGGCAAGACGGAUCGGGCACCCGUACCAGAACCGAACGCCGCCCAAGCGCAAGAAGCCUCGCACCUCCUUCUCGCGGGCGCAGAUCUGCGAGCUGGAGAAGCGCUUCCACCGGCAGAAGUACUUGGCCUCCGCCGAGCGGGCCGCCCUAGCCAAAGCCCUCAAAAUGACGGACGCCCAGGUCAAGACCUGGUUCCAGAACCGCCGCACCAAGUGGAGGCGCCAGACUGCGGAGGAACGGGAGGCGGAGCGCCAGCAGGCCAACCGGCUGAUGCUGCACCUCCAGCAAGAGGCCCUCCAGAAAGGCCUGGGGGGGCAGACGCUGCAGCAGGACCCCCUCUGCCUGCACAACUCUUCGCUCUUCGCCUUGCAGAACUUGCAGCCCUGGGCCGAGGACCACAAAGUCACCUCGGUCUCGGGGGCAGCGGCGCUGGUGUGAGGAGCGGCAGCCUCUCGAGGGCUGGAGCAGAGACGCACCCGGGGCGGCGAUGGGGAGCUUCCUCUGCCCGCAAAGCCCCGCUCUCCGAGGGCGAGGUGCUGACUCGG